UGAAAUCCGAACUUGCGUGAAGAAUAUUAUCAACUUUAUGCUUCAAAAUGUGAUGGCCAUAGAGCAUACGACCCAUCGUUUCUUUGAAAUUUCUAUAAAUUAUUCAGUUCCAGCGACGUCAACCGCUCCCAUAGCCGGGAUCCCAUCCCUACACUCGUCUCAUAUUUCCCGGUACCCAUUGAGCUCAUACACGGUACCUCAUUUGGACCUCCUAGUCGUUCCGGCAUCUUGGUUUUCUAUAUCCUCGGUUCCGACUAGUCGAUCGUGUUAAUCUCGCUGUCCUUUUACUCUUUGUGGUUCCAAUUGUACCGCCAUCUACGGAGAGUUACCCUUUGGAGACGGACGGAUUAAGGGCUGAUGUUAGUUACAUUCACCGUUCUAAGGGAUCAUCAUGACAAACCUUCUAUGGUCUGGUUACCGCUCAGAGUCGGUUGAUGACUACCCGGGAGUGCUCGUUCCACUCGGGGAGGCUCAUCUACACAGCCACUCGUCCAGAUCCCGCCCACCUUCUGAUUUAGACGAUGCUCUACUCGGUCAGGAUGACGAGGGCGGCCACCGUCACAAAGACCCAGCCGACGAUGAGGACACGGGAAUGCUGCUUGAAAUGGGGACGGAGCCUGAGUACAGCAUCGAGGGCUUUAGGAGAGAGGUUCGCCGCGGAAACAAGGGCGGCGAGAAGUGGACGGAUUAUGAGAUGAAAUCAAAGCUCAUUAACAAGGCCAUUCAAGACAUUGGGAUGGGGAGGUACAACUGGCAGCUAUUUGUCUUGUGUGGCUUUGGCUGGUUUGCAGACAAUCUAUGGAUGCAAGGCAUCUCUCUCACCCUCCCAUCACUAUCGGCCGAGUUCGACAUAUCAGAGAAGACCGUACGCUAUACCACGUCCUUCCUAUUCGCCGGCCUCUGUGUUGGGAGCUUCAUCUGGGGAAUCGGGUCCGAUGUCCUCGGUCGACGCCUCGCCUUCAAUGCCACUCUCUUCAUCACCGCCAUCUUCGGUAUCGCCUCUGCUUUUGCAACAAGUUGGGCUGGGGUUUGUUUCCUGUACGCCGCCCUUGGCUUUGGCGUUGGCGGUAACUUACCCGUUGAUGGUGCCCUCUUUCUCGAAUUCUUGCCCGACGCCUCCAGCUCCCUGCUAACGCUUCUCUCUAUCUGGUGGCCCAUCGGCCAACUCUGCUCAUCGCUGCUGGCCUGGUAUUUCAUCGGCCACUUGCCCGCCGAGCAAGGAUGGCGACACUUUGUGUUCAGCAUCGGCAUCAUCACCUUGAUUAUGUUCCUCGUCCGUUUCUUCAUCUUCCACCUCUACGAGUCUCCCAAGUUCCUCCUCUCACGAGGCCGGCAAGCCGAGGCAGUAGCCGUCGUGCAUGGGAUCGCCUACCGCAACGGCCGCAAAACCUGGCUGACCGAAGAAAUCCUCGACGCUGUCGUCGACGGACUAUCAUCCCCAUCCCCAGCCACUCCUCGCCGCCGCCAGCAUGUGACGCGACAACGACUAUCGACCGCCAACAUCCUCAAGCAGCGCUUCGCCUCUUUCUCCGGCGACCGUCUCCGUCCGCUCUUCAGCAACCGCAAGCUCGGUCUGACCACCGCCCUCAUCUGGUUCUGCUGGGCGACCAUCGGCAUGGGAUACCCCUUAUUCAACGCCUUUCUCCCUCAGUAUCUAUCCCACGGUGGCAACAACAGCGGGCAACCAGCACCGGAAGCGGAAACCAACAAUCCAGAAGCCAUCUCAGCCGAAACCUACCGCAACUACGCCAUAACCUCCAUCGCCGGAGUCCCCGGUAGCUUACUCGCCGCCUACGCGGUGGACAAGAAAUCGCCCUUUUUGGGCCGUCGUGGAACGCUCGCCCUCUCGACGCUCGUUUCCGCCAUCUUCCUCUAUCUGUUCGUCAAGUUCGGCACCACGCCGGGUGCCUUGCUCACAUUCUCGUGCAUAGAGGCAUUCGCGCAGAAUAUCAUGUAUGGCGUCUUGUAUGCUUUCACGCCCGAGAUCUUCCCGGCGCCGGUUCGCGGAGCGGGCACGGGCGUGGCGAGUUUCUUGAACAGGGUGACGGGCCUGGUGGCACCGAUUUUGGCGGCGACGGUGCCGGGAGAUGGUACGACUACGCCUGUGUAUCUGUCGGCGGCGCUGAUUUUGGCGGCGUUUGUGGGGAUGGUGAUGAUUCCCAUCGAGACGAGGGGGAGGCAGAGGUUGUGAUGUGGUUGUGAUGUGGUAGGUGGUGGAAGAGAACGUCGGGGAAAUCACGAAAUGAAGGUCGUAAGAACACUACCUCGAGGAAUCAAUAGAAGUUUUGGAUAACACAAACAUCAACGAAAGGCGUUAUGGAUAUAGGGUGGUGAAUGAGCA